UACACAAUUUUUUAUAACUAAUCUUCAAUGAUUUUAACAAUAAAAAAUAUGUAAAUGAACUAUUUAUUUUAAAAGAUUUAGCUAUUUACAUAAAAUGAAUUCGCCUAUUGAGAAUAUAAUUGUGAAUUCAAGUCAAUAUACGCCAGUUUAUUUUAUUGAAGAUCCUGGUGUAAACCAGGCUGGAUCGAUAGUUGUUACUGCGAAUCAACCAAAACCCAUUAGUAAUACAUUAAAAACGUUUUACGAAAAUAGCGGUAAACUGGAAAAUAACCUCCUGCAGGGGACAGAUACUGUUUCGUUUACGAAACCUGAAGGAAUCGUUAAUAAAACUGAUAUAAACGUUAUUGGAAACAAUCUGAAAAUAGCAAAUUUUUUGUUACCAAAAACGGGAAUACAGAUCGAAGCUAGUAAACAAUACAUAGCACCUGUCAACAAUGUUGUGCUGAAACCUGUAUAUGUAGCUAACACGAACACGUCUAGCACUCCUACUGUCAAAAACACUGUCCCUAAACUUGAUGUAUGCAGUAAAAUUGUUAAAUUAAAAGACCUACCAAGUAUACCAAAACAAAGAACUGGAAAAAUAGUGCCAAAGAAAAAACCAAAGGAGGAUACCACCAUAAGCAACAGUAAAACUACAUCAGUGCAAUUAUUAAAACUAGGAGAGACAUACCAUAGUCUCAAUGAACUGAGCGAUGAUCAAAUGAAGAUAGUAAAUCAUGCCCUGAAAAUAUUUAGUAAUCCUAAAAAUACUCCUAAAGAACCAACCUAUGAUCCUGUAACAAAUACCAGGUUUAUUUAUAAGGUGGUAUCACCAAAAGAUCUUACAGUUGUUGGCAAGAAUAAAGUGGUAAUAAAACAAAAGAAACCGGAGGUAAAAAAGGAAACUGUGAAGAAACAGGAAAAGAAAGAAGCAAAACUGGUACCUGAAGUAGUUAAUGAACCGAUUCCUGUAGAGACCAAAGUUACAAGGAGUGGCAGAAAAGUCAAAUUGCCCAAAAAUAUCUUACCAGAGGAAAUACACCAAAAGCCAAAGAAAAAGAGUGGCACUAUAGCAAAUUGUUUUCAAUGCUCAUCAGAAUUCAGCAGUCUGUACCGUUUACAACGACAUUACGAACACCACCCCACGCACAUACCGGCUCGAAUACACUCGAAUCUCUUCCACUGUCUUCUAGCUAUUAUAAAGACUGGUUCGGAGGAAGAUAGAGCCAAUAUUUUCUUACAACAGUUGGAACAAGUUAUAACGAAGAUAAAAUCAUUAAUACCGUGUUUAUUAAAAAGCGAUGGAGAAGGAAAACUUAGUACAAUUAGUGAAGAUGUGGGGAGAUUAUUUGGUGUAAGUCCUGGGAAGUACAAUUUAAACAUUGAUGCACUUAGCUGUGUUAAAGACAAAGACGGUCAUUGCUUACACAACCCGGCUCCACCAAGUAAAUCAUCACAACCUUGGAGUAAUGACAACAAUGAAGAAACAAUAAAAGUGGCCGAAACUGAUGACUGCGCAAGGAUUAACUCAGCUGAAAAAUGGCCAACUGUCAGCAAAAGAAUGGAACGCAAGAAACCUGAACAAAACACGGCAAAGAAAAUUAAACUCAUAGAAUCGGAAGUGCCUCUAGAACUAGGUGACGACGAUAUUGCCGCGUUCUUUAGCAAUAACCACAAGACUGAUAUUAGCUCAUUGGAUAAGACUGUUACAGAGGAAAAUGAUAUAAGUAAUCAAAAAAACAACGAAACAAAAUAUUUAGAAACUUCAACUAGUAAACCACCACACAUACAAUUUCACAGCACACAUUUUGAUAUCAGAUCAUCACCAAUCAAACCGACUUCAACAGUUUUUAGAAAGUUUCAAAUAAAUCCUGAGAAAAUGCCAAAGUUUGAUAUACAAGAGAUACAACCUUUAAUUAGUCAAGAGAAUGAAUUUACAGAGACGAUCAGCACUGAAUCAAAUGAGAGUACAAAUAUACAGAGUGAUUUAUUUAUUGAUAACCCAGUGCAAUCCGAGGCAAGUUGUAAUAAUACGCCAGAUUUGAAUUUUGACACGUCAAAAGAAUGGACUGUAAAGUAUACGGAUGCGGAACAUGACACUGGAAGCUUUAUGAAGUCUGAUAGUUUAAUUAAUGAAAAUACAGAUUAUUUGAAAUCGAAUGCCUCAAUAGAACCUUCAUUAAUUCACGUGAAGGAUAUACCAAAAACUGUAGAAAAUGAAAUAAGUAUAAGUGAGCUGCCUAUAAGUGAUCAUUCGUUAUCAAAUCAAGGAUCGGUGUUGAACUUUUUAGAUUCGUUGGGAACUACUGAGUUAUCAUACCCUGAUACUACAAUAAGAAAUCACUCUGUUGAUUUUCAACUAGAUCUAUUUUCUUUUAGCAAUUAAUAGUAUUAUUAAAUAGUAAAUAAUGAGGUUUAUAUGAUUUGAUUUAUGUUUAUUUUUCUAAGAAAUUAUUAUACAUUAUAAAGUA